AUGACAACCUUGCUCAAAGACAACGACUUUCCAGAAGCGUCGGAGCCGCUAGUGUUGAACAAUGAAGUCUCGGAAGAUCCGGACACAAAUCCGGACGGUAUCGGUGCACUAGGGUCAUUGAAAAGUCCCCGCCUGUACAGACGACGGUGGUACAUCCUCGCGCUGUACUCUAUCCUAGCCGGGACGCAGGGCUCCCUCUGGAACACAUGGGGCCCGAUCUCCGACUCCGCCAAGUUCGUGUUCGACUGGGAGGACAGUGACAUCGCCCUGCUGACUAACUGGGGACCGAUCGCUUACAUGGUGCUGGCCGUGCCCGUUUCAUGGCUCAUGGAUGUCAAAGGAUUCUGUGUCUUUGCUGGAGCGGGAAUCAGAUGUCUCACAGUGUUCAGCCUACAGGCCGGGACGUGGUGA